CCGAACGUAGCGACACAAGGGGGCGGAGGCGGUAGAACGCUCGAGUCUCCCCGUUCCAUCCGGCCUGCUUCCCCCGGGGGAAGCUCGUGUUCUCUCCCCUCUGACCCCCUGGCCCGCCGCGGGAGCCCGCUCGGCAAAAAGGGGGCACGCCAGCGCCACCCUCCGGCUCUCGGCCCGCACUGCAGCCUCCCCCCGUCUCCCCCCUGCUCCGACUCUCAAUGUUCCACACUGCCCGGCCACAGAGCCUCCUCUGCUGCUUUAUAUCCCCCCGGCUGCCUCCAUCCCUUCCACGGAGCUUUUCUCCCCUUCCCUCCCCCCCUCCAUCCCUCCCCUCCGACCUAACACCGGGACAGGACGUCUGCGAAGUUCACCACGAUGUCCAGUGACAGGCAAAGGUCAGAUGAUGAAAGUCCAAGUACCAGCAGUGGUAGUUCAGAUGCAGAUCAGAGAGACCCACCAGCACCUGAACCUGAAGAGCAAGAAGAAAGAAAACCUUCUGCCACUCAGCAGAAGAAAAAUACCAAACUGUCCAGCAAAACUACUGCUAAGCUAUCUACUAGUGCUAAAAGAAUUCAGAAGGAGCUAGCUGAAAUAACCCUUGAUCCUCCUCCUAACUGCAGUGCUGGUCCUAAAGGAGAUAACAUUUAUGAAUGGAGAUCUACCAUACUUGGACCCCCAGGCUCUGUAUAUGAAGGAGGUGUUUUUUUCCUGGAUAUCACAUUUUCAUCGGAUUAUCCAUUCAAGCCACCAAAGGUUACUUUCCGUACCAGAAUCUAUCACUGCAACAUCAACAGUCAGGGAGUCAUCUGUCUGGAUAUUCUGAAAGACAACUGGAGCCCUGCUUUGACUAUUUCAAAGGUUUUGCUGUCUAUUUGUUCUCUUUUGACAGACUGCAACCCUGCUGAUCCUCUGGUCGGAAGCAUAGCCACUCAGUAUCUGACCAACAGAGCAGAACAUGACAGGAUAGCCAGACAGUGGACCAAGAGAUAUGCAACAUAAAUGACAUAAACUACUUGUGCAGUGUGAAGGUGCAGGAGGCAACUUUACAGUGUGCAACAAAUCUUUAUAGCCUUUACAAUACGGACUUCUGUGUAUAUGUUAUACUGAUUCUACUCUGCUUUUAUCCUUUUGAAGACUGGGAUACUGCCCCCAAAAAGGUAAAUGCUAUUAAGAGUAGAACUUUGUAGCUGUAGAUUAGUUAUGUUUAAAAUGCCUACUUGCAAGUCUUGCUUCUUUGGGAUAUCAAAAUGUAUUUUGUGAUGUACUAAGGAUACUGUUCCUGAAGUCAACCAAAUAUUAUAGUGCAUUUUAGCCUAAUUCAUUAUCUGUAUGAAGUUAUAAAGGUAGCUGUAGAUUACUAGGAAUUAUGUCAUUUGUAUUAAACCCAGAUCUAUUUCCAAUAUGUGGUACAUGCUGUUGUGAAAACUGUUUUAACUUUUACCUUUGUCAGUUUGUAAUGAAAGGGUUUCCUUUUUCCCUUUGUAGCUCAGAGAGCACCCUGUGUAUCAUCUCACACACAAUAAACGUGUUCCCCAAGGAGUAGUUUCUUUGUUUUCCUAUUUUAAAAUAAUAUUUGAAUGAGUUUAAAUAUAAUAAUAAUGCAGGGUUGUUAUAUCACAGAUCCCAGUGGAUCUUCGGGCAAAUUGAUACACAAAAGCAAAGUCUUGCUAUUAAAUAAUAUACACAUUUGAAUUGUUUAAAAAUAAAAUAUUCAAUUGGAUAUCUUACCAAAAAUGUUAAUUUUAACAUUAUUGUAGAUAGAUGCUACAGGCUCAAUCCUGCUCCCAUAAAUCAGCGUUUUACCAUUCACCUUUUCAGUUGGAGCCAGAUCAGGAUCCAGAUAGCUUGAUGCUUUGCUUCUGAGUAUAGAUCACAAGUAUAUGACUUGCUAAUCCAGAGAACUGUAGUUGUCCAUUGAAAAUAGUCUUCCAAAGUAUUUUGGUUGUUUUAUCAUCUAUCUGAAAAGGAGUAGAAUAAAUUUAAUCAGGGAUUAGGAGAUUUUAAAAAGAUAAAACAUCUUUUGUGGGGGGAAACUUUUGUAAGUGAAACUGCUUUUCAGAAGACUCUACCCUUUUACUUCCUCCCAGAAAUCUUGUAACAGCUAUCUGUAACAAAGGUGCAAGUUUAUAUGCUACACAGUUUUUAAAGUAGUCACUAAUUAUUUUAUAUCUUGGGCAUUUGUAGGUCACAGGUCACCUUUGCAGAAUAUAACUAAAAUGUCUGUUGAUCCCUUUAAAAUUAACUAACAAAGAUGUGGGUCUAAUUUUUAAAGUUAAUCUUCCAGGUUACGUUGUGUUUUUGGAGCAUUUCUAUUAAGAUGUUCUUUCAUCAAAUAUAUAGAAAACUGAAUUUCAAGUGUUAAUAUCUAAGCAGUGGAGGAAUUUGAAGUUAACUAUCACUGGAUAAAUCCCUGUUCUUGGGUCAUGUGGCCCUUAGCACAUGUCAUCUACCUUUGUCUGAAUAUUGCUAGUGUCCUUAAGGUAGCUCAGAGAGCUAUAUAUCCCUGUAUCUCUAAUUAGAAGUCAGUCUCUUUUGGCAAAUGCAAGAUGGGCUUGGAGUACAUACAGGCUGUGAAGUGCAAAUGAGAAAUGAGAGGAACCAACAGGUAUUGUGGAGACCUUAGUCUGGUAGCAAACUAGUAUAAAAUAAAGAGCUGGGAACCUCUACAGAAGGCAACCUCAGUUUCUCACUAUAUAAUUGUACAUAGUGAGAAAUAAUGUACCAUCACAAAGAAACAACAUCUAAGAAACUAAGAACUAUAUGCACUGGAAAGCUAAAAUCUGGGAAGAGAAUCCAAAGACCUUGCUGAUUACUGUAUGUAGGCAAAGGCAUACAUGCGUUGCAUGCAUGCCACUCCAGUGACUUUCCAAUAAGGGACAAAAUAUAUAUUUCACAUAUUAAAUAUGUGACCUACAGAAUUUUCAGAUAUUUUAUCACAAAAUAUAUGGUAUAAAGUUUUAAUCCUUAUUUUAAAGUACUUGGUUUUCUUAUCACACAUCACUUGAAAUAUUUAGGCGUACAAGUGGGAUGCCUUCUUAACAUUACCCCAUUCUAGGUUUUCUGGACAUUUGAUGCUUUACUCUGAAUUCCCAUCCUUUUGUUGGUUUGUCACGACUGUUCUUUUUAAUGUAGUUUUUGUGUGUAAAUUUUAUAUUUACGGAAGUAAAGGUUGUUUUGUGUAAACAUUUAAAGUUAAAAAAAAAGCUAAUUUUGUUUCUCAACUUUUCUCUGCUAAACCAAGCAGUAGAAAGAAAUUUGUAUUGUUAAAUAAAUCAAUUAGUUGUUAAAUGAGAA